AUGGGGGGCCAACAGUUGGACCAAACCACUGGACUUCCUCGCUAUUUCGUCCUGAUCCAGGCGACAUUCUUCCGUGCGGAGUACGGCGCAGAUUUGAGGGGUAUAGUUUACGGAGUUAUUCGACGGGAUGAAGAAACACUGCCAGUAGGGCCCAUCAAAUAUCAGAACCUGACAGCUCCAUCAUCAAUAGCUUCCAACACGAACUCUUGGACAACCGACUUAGAGAACGAAACAGUCUCGCCGUUGCCGGAAACAUCAUCAGCCACGCCGACUACAUCAGAGUACCCAUAUCCCACCACCGCGAGUUCGGAUCUGAGUACCAUCACACCUGCUCCACAAUGGGGAGAUCAGGUUAUUCCAAUCAACACUUGCUCCCACGAAGCUUCUGGGGGCGUCCAAUACGACCCGUGUAGAGUUUCUGCAGGAACGGUCCGAUUGAGUUACUUCCCUGAAAACUCAGGGAAUGUUACGUAUCCCUCGACAUGGUAUAACCCUGAGUUAUCGAUUACGAUGACAUCGCCAUCGAUCUAUAUGGUUGUCAACACAAUAUCUGGCUCCAAUAAAUGCGGGGCUUUGGGACCAACAUACAGUAACAAAGUGAUCUCUAUGCUCAUCUCAGAUGUCUCUACCCUCCAACCAUACGCAAACAAAGAUGCCCACACAAGACUCGGGCCCGAACGACAACUGACAUUGAGCGACUUUGAGAACUGCCCUAAAUCGCAAGCCGAGCCGGCACACGAUAAACUUCUCAGUGCUAUCUUCGAUCCUCAUCCAGUAAAGAAUACGUUCAACCGAUGCAAUCCCCAUCUUGUGAUGCCUUAUCAGAUGAAGGAGCUGGGAUUCCCGUACUGGAAUGGCUGCGGUGCUGCAAACUAUGAGAUUGGCAUCUUUGACCCUCCGGGAGCUGUUCCAUCCGUUUUGGGAUUCUUUGCCACGACAGCACCCAUUGUGGCGCAAACGCCUAGUCCACCACCUGCUAACCCUAUCCCAACAGCACUGCCGGAUCAAGCCUCAAGCACGCCGCCAGUCCCCGUGCCGACAACCACCCCAAUCAAUACGCCUAUUGUAAACCGCCCAUCACCGAAAUCAAGUCAGUCACCGUCACCAAGCCAGGGACCAUCACCAAACCAGUCGCCAUCAGCAAGCCUGGCACCGGAGCCAGGCCAGGAACCGGCAUCAAGUCAGGUCGCGCCUCCACUCGAUACGCCAACCACCUCAAACCCAUCAACCUCUUUUUCAACUUCCACAGCCUCUGAGAACCCCAAAUCAGAAGCAUCUCCAACUGCUCUAGCCCCAACCCCGACCAGCUUGCAUGGUGUAACUGACAUCCAAACACCCAAAGCUCCCCCAACCCCCACUGAGACAGUUGUUGCUAGCCUCGCCGUUAGCGAUGUGUCCCAAGCAUCACCCACCAGCAGCACCUCGGCUCCCGCACCAUCACCAACCCCGAUUGAGGCCACAGCCCCAGGACAAUCUACCGGUACAGUCACCACCGGUAUCGCCUCUGCCGCCCAAUCCACCGUUAUUGGCACGCUCGGCUCGCUCACCGUCACUGCCACGGCUGGGGCGUCGCAGAUAGCGGUAGGGGGCCAGACGGUAACAAUCGGCGGCUCGCUGGUUACGCUUGAUAAUAGCGCAGUGGUAACGGCCGCAUCAACCGAAGUUAUUGUGCAAAUUCCAGGGGGUCAAGUGAGCACGUUCGUGCUGCCGACCACAAUAGCUAACGGUCCGGUCGCUGGGGGUUAUAGUACCACGAGUGGCAAUCCUGAGCCAACUAGUUCGUCGCCUGGUAUUGCCAGUAUCAUUGCUUCGAUAGCCGGUAUCCCCGCACCGGCCCCAGCCCCACCCUCUUCCGUUUCUACUUCUACGCCCGUCACCGCACAUACCGUGUCUUUAUCAACAGGAGCGUCUUCCAGUUCCUCUUCACUACCCACCGGAGGCGGCGAGGCCCUCACAUCCCCCGAUUUCCCAUCUAUCUCCGCAUCCACAACCCCCACGACCGCUAGCAUCACAACGCCGCCAUCUAGCCCCUCGACAGACGACGAGGCAGCUGGAAGUAAUACGUCUGGCUGGCUGGACCAAUCGACGUUGAGCACGACGCUGGAGAUUGCGCCGACGCAGACCGGGGUUAGGAACACGAUUUGGACCGCAAGUGCUGGGAGGAUAGUGCCGCCAGAAUGGUUUGGAAGCGUCAUGAUUGGAAUGAUAAUAAUCUGUACGAUGGCUGGCUGGCUGUAUGUAUAA